UGUACUAUAGUGUAAACUGUCGUCCCAAAACAAUUUUUUUUCCUCUGUGAAAUAUUUAAAGGAUUCUGAGUCUCUUUUGUUAUUUUCACGAUUAUUUGUGUUUUUUGAACGCACAAUCUAGCUUUCAAGAAAUGCUUCAUUUUGCAUAACGGCUUCGGAUAAUUAUGAAUACUGAUAAAGAUGUUAAACAGAAGGAGAAGGAGAGUAAUAAACUUGUUGAGUCUACAUUUUUAUUGAGUGUAACUGGAGUGUCAGUACUUGCAGGUUUUGGCAUGGCUUUAGCUAUGGCUAAGAAAAAAGAUCCUGUUUAUUUUCUCAAAGGAAUGUCUCCCACUAAAGCAGUACCAGAGAGCGGAAGUUCCUUGGCUAUGAGAGCUCUUGGAUGGGGAACUUUAUAUGCAGUUUCUGGUUUUAGUGUAUUUUGUUUUGGCAUUUGGAAGUUAAUGGGAGUUAAUAAUCUCCAAGAGUUUCGACAAAAAGUUGGGACUGCUUUACCUACUAUUCCUAAAUCGGAUAAUCCUGGAAGAUCCGACUUUAAAAAUUUACGUGAACUCUUAAAUUACGUUGUAGAAGAAAGUGAGAAAAGCAAGAAGAGUUGAUAAAAAGCUUUCUAUUUCAUAGAAUUUUUAAUAUCAUCGAGCAUUUGUUUUAUAAUUUUCAAUAAACCACUAGAAAAUGUUUUAUAUCCACCUUUUCUUGACUACUUAUCAAUAUAAUACAAAAUUUUGAUGCAAGCAAAAAUGUAUUUCAUUAUUUUUAAUUUAUUACAUAACCACAUAGUUUGUUGUUUUACACUUUUGAGACAUUCGCUAGUCUGUUAAAAAACUGCAUGUUAAUCAAUGUUUCUCUAUUUUGUUUCACUGAUUAGUUUCAAUACUUAAAGACAAAUAGUUAAUACGUUCGUAAUUUUUAUUCCACAUGCUAUUUUUUCAUUCAUAUUCAAUACAAUCUCGAAUCUCUGGGGACGGGAAAAAAAUGUGAGAUAUCGAGUUAUCAAGGUUUUGAAAAAAAUACCACUAGUAGCUCUCACAAUUACACACAUAUACACUAUGUACAUUUAUAUAUGUACUAUGGGACCACUUUGAAUUACGAUAACUAAGUUACUCUUCAACUCUUUACUAGAUUUGAAAUUUAAUAAAUGUCGAAAGUGUACAGGAUGAGAUUUUGACAUGAACAACAAUUUUAACUUUGUUUCUUCUUUUAAAAAUU